AACAGGCAGCGAGAAGGAGCCCAGCCUGCACCCGCAUAGCUGAGGGGUCCCUGGGUGCUGGGGGUGCAGCAGGCGCCGUGGGGAAACCAGAAAAAGACUCAUGGCAGAGCUUUGACAUUGUAAACCACAGAAUUGUCGCCUCGCGUUGAAAGGAGGUGCUCUGCAACAGCUUUUCCUUCUUGAUUUCUACAAGAGAAGAUCUGAAAAAUGACAGGGGCAAAGAGGAAACAGAAAAGUGUGCUCUGGAGCAAGAUAAAUACUCCCCAUUGUGAAGACUUUAAACAGUGGUGUAGAAGGCGGCUCCCUAUUUUGGAAUGGGCACCACAUUACAAUCUGAAAGAAAACUUGCUUCCAGAUACUGUGUCUGGGAUAAUGCUGGCAGUUCAACAGGUGACACAAGGGCUGGCCUUUGCCGUUCUCUCAGCUGUGCACCCGGUGUUCGGCCUCUACGGGUCUCUGUUUCCGGCCAUCGUCUACGCCGUCUUUGGAAUGGGACGUCACGUAGCCACAGGCACUUUUGCCUUGACAUCCUUAAUAUCAGCCAAUGCAGUGGAACGGCUUGUCCCUCCCGGGAGCCAGAACCUCACCCAACAGAGUAACACGAGCGUGCUGGGCUUAUCUGACUUUGAGAUGAAAAGGAUUGGCGUUGCUGCAUCUGUGUCCUUCUUGGGAGGUGUGAUUCAGGUGGCCAUGUAUGUGCUACAACUGGGCAGGACCACAUUCCUGCUUACGGAGCCCGUGAUCAGUGCAAUGACAACUGGGGCUGCCACCCAUGUGGUGACUUCCCAAGUCAAGUAUCUCUUGGGAAUGAAAAUACCCUAUAUAUCAGGACCACUUGGAUUCUUCUAUAUCUACACAUAUGUCUUUGAAAACAUCAAGUCUGUUAGACUGGAAGCGCCCCUCCUCUCCUUGCUGAGCAUUGUGCUGCUCGUCACGGUGAAAGAGUUAAAUGAACGGUUUAAAAGGAAAAUUAAAGUUGUUCUCCCUGUCGAUUUAGUUUUGAUUAUUGCUGCGUCCUUUGCUUGUUAUUACACCAGCAUGGAAAACAGAUAUGGACUGGACGUAGUGGGUCACAUUCCACUAGGAAUUCCUCCCCCCGAGGCUCCCCCGCUGAGGGUCCUCUCUGCAGUAAUCACGGAGGCCUUUGGAGUGGCACUUGUAGGCUACGCGGCCUCGCUGGCUCUCGCUCAAGAAUCUGCCAAAAAAUUCAAGUAUUCAGUUGAUGACAACCAGGAGUUUCUGGCUCACGGCCUCAGCAAUGUGAUUUCUUCAUUUUUCUUCUGCAUACCGAGCGCCGCCGCCAAGGGACGCUCCGCUGGCCUGUACAGCACGGGCGCCAAGACGCAGGUGGCUUGUCUCAUAUCUUGUGUUUUCGUCCUGAUAGUCAUUUAUGCCAUAGGACCUCUGCUUUACUGGCUGCCGAUGUGUGUUCUUGCAAGUGUCAUCGUCGUGGGACUGAAGGGAAUGCUCAUGCAGUUUCAGGAUUUAAAGAAGUACUGGAAUGUGGAUAAAUUCGAUUGGGGCGUGUGGGUCAGCACGUACGUAUUCACCAUAUGUUUUGCCGCCAACGUGGGGCUGUUGUUUGGUGUCGUCUGCACCACAGCCGUCGUCCUCGGCCGCUUCUCAAGAGCAAAGACACUGAGUAUAAAAAACACAAAAGAAAUGGAAUUUAAUGUGAAGACAGAAGUAGAUGGCGAAACCCUGCAGCAGGUGAAAAUUAUCUCAAUCAACAGCCCGCUUGUUUUUCUGAAUGCGAAGAAGUUUCACGCUGAUCUCAUACGUAUAAUCCAAAAAGAGCAGGCCAGCCACCAGCCGCUCGAUGAGACCAGCAAGUGUGAACAAAACACCUUGCUCAGUUCUCUGUGCAAUGGCACCUGCAGUGAGGAAGCGUCACAGUCCUGCCCCAGCGAGGGGUGGCGUGUGGUCCUGGACUGCAGCGGGGUGACCUUCUUUGACUAUUCCGGGGUCUCCGUGCUUGUUGAGGUUUACCUGGACUGCAAGAGCAGGGGUGUGGAUGUGUCACUAGCCCACUGCACAGCUUCCUUGAUAAAAGCGAUGAAGUACCAUGGAAACCUAGACUCAGAGAAGCCAGUGUUUUUUAAAUCGGUAUCCACGGCAAUAAGUCACAUCCAUUCAAGCAAAGUGAGACAAUUGCAGAACCUGAGCAGACUCGGAGGCCAGAGUGAAGCCUGACGCCGCCCCGAGGGGCCGCCCCAGCACGCCCCCCAGCACGGCGCGGGCCCUCCUGUGUCGAACUCCUGCAGGGACCCCUGCUGGCCCAGUGUGACGUGGCUCAUUCACCGCAGGGUCCCUGGGCGAGAUUUGCUGACAACUUUUUUCUCAUUUGUGUUAGUGAGCAGCUUGCUUCAUUGAGUAGGUUGUUUUAUAGUUAUUUUAUA